UGCUCGCACGACCGCGCCGUCGGCAGGCCAGGAGUGGCGCGCUGCCGCCAGUCGACGCUGGGAGGCGCCCCUGCCUCUCCAUCGUCGGCUGACGCCACUGGACGCGGCGGCCGCCAACGGCUGGUGGCUGACCCAGGCUCAGCCGCCCUGGAGCUGGACCAAGAGGACCAGCGGCACCAGCAGCUGGACGGCGUGACCCUGCUGCCCGAGGUGACCCUGCUGCCCGGAGACGCUGCGUGACCCGAGGUGACCUCGCUGACAGAGGUGACUCUGCCGCCGCCGCUGAGCCGGUCCGUCACGAUGACGCUCGGUGAGGCCUGCCCCUGACCGGGCGGCGCGUCCCUGCACCGAGCGGCAGCUGACGCAGCGGGAUGGGGCCGCUGCUGCAGCUGUGGCUGGCGGCGCUCCUCUGCGUCGCCGUCGCCGGCUUCCCCUGCCCCAGCGGCUGCGUCUGCCCGUCAGAGAUACAGGUGCUCUGCACGAACGCCGGGCUGACGUCACCACCACGGCACCUAUCGCCCUACGUGCAGCACCUCUCACUGGCCGGCAACCGCAUCCGCCGCAUCGGCAUCAGCGCCUUCCAGCGACUGCGGCGGCUGCGCACACUGGUGCUGGACGACAACGAGAUCGGACGGAUCGCGCCGUUCGCCUUCCUCGGGCUACGCGACCUGGAGCGCCUCUCCAUCCAGCGCAACCCGCUGGGCGAGCUGGGCCGGUUCGCGCUAGCCGGCCUGCACAACGUCACGUACCUGUACCUGAGCCCCGGCGGCGUGCGCCGCGUGCGGCCGUUUGCUUUCGCCGGCACGGCCGACGUCAAGCUGCUCCUGCUGAGCGGUAACCCGGCCGCCGAGCUGGAGCCGGACGGCUUCUCGGGCCUGCGCCGCGUGGACCACCUGCUCCUGGAGGAUAGCGACCUGGGCACGCUGGAGCGCGGCUGGCUGGCCGGCCUGCGCCAGGUCGGCCGCCUCAGCCUGCGCGCCAACACCAUCCACGAGCUGGCGGCGCUGAACGUGACGAGCGAGGUGCGCCGACUCGACUUUCACGGCAACCGCGUGCUCAGCGUGCCGGCCGGUGCCGAGCUGGCGCUGGCGCCGACCGUGGAGGCGUCCAUAGAGGGCAACCUGUUCCCGUGCACGUGCCAGGUGCACAGGGUGCUCGCUGCUCUGAGCAGGUCGAACUACAGUGAAGUGCGCUUCAUGCAGGACAACUUCUGUUUGACUCCGCCCAGUCUGCACAAGCGACGCAUCAGUGAGGCGAAUGUGACGCAGAUCGCGCCGUGUCCGGACCGGGACAGAGCCGAGGAGGAGGAGCGGCGGAAGAGUGAGGAGGUGCGGCUGCCCUCCAGCGUCGGCCGACUGUUCUCAGCCCCGCUGCCGGCCGCCCUGCUAGCCGUCACUGUUGUGCGGCUGCGGUAUCUGUGA